UUGUCUAAAAAAUUAAAGUAGAAUAGGUGAAAACACCUAUAUAUAAUGUAGUAGUCUCACAAAAUUGUAUCAGUGCACAAAGUAAUUCAUUUACUCUCACUAAUCUUUUGUUUUUGCUCUUAUCAUGAGGAGCUUCAUUUUAACCACAACACUCCUUGUAGCACUGCUAUGCUUCUUCUAUCUCCCGAUUUCAACCGUUGGUUUACCAAAGGAACCGUGGCGUAAGCCGUUGAAACUAGUGGCCGGGCGCCACUAUCACAAAGGCUCUGGCCACCUUGGAGACUCGAAGGUUAGCUCUUCUUUAUCAGAGUCUAACGCACCCCUGUCCCCUCCAGGAUUGUUACCAGGGUUUCCCAACAUCCCAGGAAUUCCUAACAUCCCGGGGAUUCCCAUGAUUCCAGGACUUCCCAACAUCCCGCAAAUACCAAACAUUCCGAGGAUUCCUAGUAUCCCACAACUACCAAACAUCCCGAGGCUUCCUAACAUUCCGAGCCUCCCUAACCUCCCGGGCCUCCCUAGCCUCCCGGGCCUUCCUAGACUCCCGGAACUGCCUCCUCUACCGCCAGUCCGGUCACAAGUUGUGUUGCAAUCGGUUGAAGUGGAGAAGUGCUUAAGGAUAGAUAAAUCAAAGACAUCAGAGAAAUGCUUUUCACAAAUAUCGUCGAGCUGGUCAAGCAAAGAUUUUGCAUUAUUGGACAAUGAGUGCUGUGAUAUCGUUGUGAAAUUGGACAAGAAGUGCAAAAGACACAUUCACAUGUUGUUCAAGAGCCCAUUCUUCGUUCCUCUUCUUCGAUACUCGUGCCACAUCAAGCACACCAAAUACUAAGCAAGUGCUUGCUCUGGAUAUUUAGUUUUAUAAAUACUUUCGCCUUUCAAGUAUUAUUUCCAUAGUAUCCUGCCUAGUUCUAUUCUACGUUGAGUAAAAGGUGGCUAUUAAAAAAAGAAUCCAAUAGCAGAAAUAAACUAGUAUAUAAACUAAUAGUAUAUAUUUUCAAGUGCUGUCAACGAUAUUAUGGGUUUUCAAUGUAUUUAAUUAACAUUUUCACUACCCUU